GGUAAACAAAUAUUUCAAGUGAUUAGUGAAACAUAAUUUUACUAAACGUAUUUAGAUAUGCUAGAGCAGCACUAGCAAUCUCAGUUACGGUUAUAAUGGUACAAAAGCAAUAAGUAUUUUUUAAGAGAAUGUAAUAUAUUUAUUAGCUUAGAACAAUGAGCGAAUUUAAAUUACAUCACUUAGUGGUUGAAUUAAUUGGAUUACUCGGCUCAUCAUCUGCACCAGAAAAACAUGUAGAGAAAUUACAAAAAGAAGGGAUGCCAACGAGUGCAAGUGCUUUAACUAUUGUUGCUUCACAAAGUUCUAUUUGUAAUUUGGCAAAGAAUUCUCCUAUUCCUGAAUUGUUUCUUCAAAAAUAUGAAGAAUUGAAAGCAAAGAAGGUAGAUUUGUUAGGUUUGUUCAUUCAAGUAUUGGAACUCAUAUCUGAAGAUAAAGUAUUAAAGGAUUAUUUGGCUAAAGGAGCAUCAAAUUUAUCAUCAAUUUGUACAAAAAAUGCUGCUAUUACUACAGAGGAUCUACCACAGAUUUGUAAGAAUGUUAUUAAAGCUGCUGUUGAAGGAGAAAAGAAAUUAAAUAAACAAGUAUGUGCAAUUACAAAGAAAACAGAAUCAUCUGUAAUAAAACAUAACUGGGUUUAUGAGAGGCCUAGAAUAACAUGGGACUUUUAUAAUGAACCAAAUGCAAUGCCCUGCCAAAAAGUUGUACCAAUAGUUUCUCAAGAAUCUAUAUUACUUUGGGACAUUUUAUAUUGUUUGAAAGGUAUAGAUGGAACUUACAUUGUUUCUGAACCUUUAACAAGUCCAUAUGCAGUGAAGACAUUCAACAUAUCUCCAGAUGUUUGUAUAUCUUACAAACAAUUGACACAACAGAUAUUACCCCUCGCAUCUCACUAUUCUAUGACAGCUAGAUUUGUUGAAGAAAAAGUUUUACCAGAAGAUGGUCAAGUAAAUCAUGCUUUAAGAGGAGCUAUAAAAAGUUUGCUGAAAGAUUAUUUAUUAUUUGUUGUACAGUUGGAAAUGGAACAUGUACGAGGCAAAUUAAAUUUGCAAAAGUUGUGGUUUUACAUUCAACCAACAAUGUUCGCAAUGUUUAUUCUCUUCCAAAUUACAUCAACCAUAUGUAAAGCAAAUGCAAAAGGUGGUAAAGUGCUCAGUCUUUUGCAUGAACAAGCAAAUAAUAUUAAUGGAGAAGCAAAGUUUAAGGAAUUAUGUUUAUUUCUUAUACAAACAGCAAGUGUUCCAUAUAUGCAAAUAUUAGAAAAAUGGGUAUAUAAAGGAGUGAUAUGUGAUCCAUACGAAGAGUUUUUUGUAGAAGAUAAUGAAUUAAUUCACAGAGAGGAAUUGCCUAUAGAUUAUUCUGCAGAUUACUGGGAAAAAAGGUACACUAUGAGACCAGAAAGAACUCCUACAUUUCUUAAUGAACAGGCACAAACAAUUUUGAGAACUGGAAAAUACUUUAAUGUAAUUAGACAAUGUGGCAAGACAGUCCAAUGGGGAAAACAAGAGCCUUUAAUUUAUCAACAUCAAGGGCAAAAAUAUAUAGCUACUAUUGAUAGAGCAUAUUCUGAAGCUGCAAAGACCUUAUUGGAAGUUCUUAUUCACGAAAACGAUUUAAUGGGUCGGCUUCGUAGUGUAAAAAAUUAUUUUCUUCUUGCACAAGGAGAUUUUGUGGUUCAAUUUAUGAAUCUUUGUGAAACUGAAUUAAAUAAAAAUAUGUAUGAUAUUGUCAUUCAUCGAUUAGCAUCUCUUCUUGAAGUUGCAUUGCGUAUGUCUACUGCAGACUCAGAUCCAUAUAAGGAUGAUCUAAAACCAGAACUUUUACCAUAUGACCUUCAAUUUCAAAUGUUUAGAAUACUCUCUAUCCAAACCAGAGAAGAAAAAGAGUAUUGUUUUCAAACUGAUAAGAUCUUAACUGGCUUGGAAGCAUUUGUAUUUAAUUAUGACGUUAAAUGGCCUGUUUCUUUGAUACUCAACAGAAAAGCUAUAGCUUGCUAUCAGAUGCUGUUCAGACACUUAUUUUAUUGCAAAUAUAUAGAAAGACGUUUAUGCAGAGUAUGGGUGAGCAAUAAAAUUGCAAAAACUUUUACUCACAAUGCAGCAAUGUCGUAUAGACAAGCAUUUUCUUUGAGACAAAGAAUGCUGGACUGCAUUCAACACUUAGCUUAUUAUAUGAUGGUUGAAGUUAUAGAACCAAACUGGCUUACAUUUUUAAGUAAAAUGAGUAAGGUUAGUAACGUGGACGAUGUUUUAAGUGUGCAUCAAGACCUUCAAGAUAGUUAUUUGAAGGAGUGCAUGUUAACAGAUCCUGAUCUUCUGGGCUGUAUAACAGGAAUUUGUGCUGCUUGUCUUGAAUUUUGCAAUUUUAUGGAGCGUAUGAGUCCAUACUACAUUGACGCCGAAUUGACAUCCAUGAUUGGUGCCUAUCAGGAAGAUGUCUAUGAUUCUGAGGAUGAAGAUGGAGAUAUCUACAAAGAGAAUGCAGCCAGUUUUGAAGAAACUAUCAUAUCACUGGAUGAGAAAUUUACUCAAGUAUUAAUUCGUCUUUUAGAUAGAAUAUGUGAUCUAGGAUGUGAUAAUAACAACGAAAAACUUCUUAAUGUCUUUUGUAGGUUAGAUUUCAAUCUAUUUUAUACCGAUAUUUUGAUACGACGUGGAAGAGAAAAGACUCUGCAAGAAGAUGUUUCUGGCUAACAAUUCAAUACUCAAACUCGAUGGAAGAUUAUAUAAGCAUAUCUAUGUCUGUAACUUCUGAUUAAUUACAUUGUAAAGUAAUAUUUAUCGCACGAUAUUUAUAUAGAAUGCAAUGGCGAUUUGAAAGGAUCGUGAUCAGAUAGUACGUUAGAUCUGUCAUUCGACCAAUUUAAGAUCUAUAUUAGUUCUUGAAAUUUUCAAAUCGCCUUCGUAUUAAAACGUCCACAAAAUUUAAUAGUAUAGUAAUUCUAAAAUUUAUAGAUAAAACAAAAUUCAAGUUAGUCAUGCAUUCAAUAUUUCAUUUAAAUUAUUUAAAUUCACCUUGAAUAAAUUUCUUGAAAACCGUGUAAGUCACUGAAAUAAAGACUAUUUUGUACAUUUAAAAAAUAAAAUAUAUUUUAUAAACAUGAAAGAUUUACAAUGUUUAUAUUACAAUAUUUACAUAAAAAUAUUUUUAUAAUAAUCUUGUUUGUAAAAAUAUGUAUCAUUAUUAACAUAAUAUUGCUGAGUGUCUGUUGCUAACUGAUGAGUCAACUUUGUCACCCGUUAGCGUUGCUAUAA